CCAGUGUUAGGUUAGGCAACGGUGACUGGAAUUACUUUUUAGUUACAUUAGGAUAUACAGAAUCAAUUUUUUUAUAGUUGUGGAGUACUUUGACGAAUUGGUAAACCCGGAAUCUGAUAUCAGAAUUGAGUCAUCGAGUGCACUCUGAUAAUGAGCUCAGGUAGGAAUGAGAGGAAUAUUAUGUCAAAUCAAUACACUGUAUAUGCGUACACAGCUGAUGUAGCGAGAGACGACACAUCUAAACAAAUCGAAAUGCUACUGCCAUCAGAGUGUCCGAAGUACCAUUAUUUUGACUCGUCAUGGAAUGCGUGCCUCCCCUGCAGCAGGUUAUGUCGUAACAUCCACAAGUGUCGGAGGAGAGCCGAGUGUGACAAUUACCGGUCGGACUUCAUGGGGCAAAGCGAAGUGCCGCCAUGGAUAAUAGUUGUAAUCGUGGUUGUCAUUCUGCUCAUACUACUCGGGAUUAGUGUGUUUCUUGUCAUGAAAUUCAAGAUGAAGCUACGUGAACUUUGCCGAGGAUGUAAAUUUAAAGACACACAAAGGACUAAGAAGAAUCGCUUUGGUGCUCGAGAUGGUUCGACAAGGUCGUCGAAGUCACUGAUUCUUCCACCAAGGAUACCGAUACAACAGGGAUAUGAAAAACCUCCUCCCAUGAUCGACAUAGAGUACAGCCGAAGGCGAUCCAUGAUGGAUCGAUUCUUUAGCAGUAUCGCGGCGCAUCCGCCGACGUACGGCAUCGACGAGAUGGAGCCACUGAGACCUUCGAAGCCAGAACGAACAAAAUCCAAACCACCAGAAAAGAGAGAGAUCCGGCGAAGCUUGGAUACUGUCGGAAGAGACACUGAUAGAGACAGUGAAAAGAAGCAGUUCAUAGUCGAGAAAUAUAAUAAAGAGGAUUCUCUCUGUGAUAUUUGUGUGAAAGGUCCUUCUGACGAUAAUAAAAUGUCACAUGAUAGUGGCAGCACAACGGUGGACAUUAAACAUGCCCCGAGCGACACAAUCAUCUUAAAGAAAAACGAGGUGCCUGUAAAUUCUAGUCUCCAUAGUUUAAAUGGCUGGGUGGAUCAUAAUCCCCACCUACCACGGGACCUGACCACUCCUCUUGACAGGCCGGUACCGUCGUUACCAAUACUGUACGCCCUGACGAGAACAUCAAAUCCAAGCAGCGGGAACUCCAAGACGUCCUUAAACACAGCUAGUGUCAAGGGCAGUGCGGAUAACGUGACACGCGGAUACCCUCAGACUACUGUGUGAGCAUAUCAAAACGACGCAGCAGGAACUCCAAGACGUCCUUAAACACAGCUAGUGUCAAGGGCAGCGGUGAUAACGUGACACGCGGAUACCCUCAGACUACUAUGUGAGCAUAUCAAAACGACGCAGCAGGAACUCCAUGAUGUCCUUAAACACAGCUAGUGUCAGGGGCAAUGCGGAUAACGUGACACUGACACAUGGAUACCCUGAGACUCCGGUGUGAAUAUUUUGCUAUUUGAUUACUGGCCCGUGGUCUGUCGUCAUUUUUCAUAGCAUUGGCUCAAUGUCAGAGCUCAGGGAUAUUUUUUUCUUGUGGUGGUCAUUUUUAUGCAAUGACCCAAGAGAAUUCGGAUGGUGCAUUUCAGAUUCUGGGUAUUGAAAAGAAAGAAAAAAAUUCCAAAAUUGAAUGCCUUUCCAUUUUAUCACUAUAGCCUAUAUAUGCCUUCAAUUUGCGGAAGAGCAUAGCUACUCAUAUCGUACAGUGUUGAGUGUGAUGGUCUCGUAAUUAUAUUUUGUACACAGGUAAUAAGAAGAAAAAUGUUUUAAGUUAUUUUACAAAUGAUUUCUUUUCCCAAAUUUUCGGCUUUACCAAUCAGCUCCUAUAUGUGAUACCUGGAUUUAGAACGGACCGCAUUUUUCAGUGUAAAUGCACUAUGUGCAAACGAAGCCUCGUUUUGAAUUCAGCGGUUAUGGUUGUUAGGCAACAGUAACCGCUUAGGUUGGUGCAAAAUGUGGAAGCUGUCAAAAAGCAUUUAAAACCACAUUUUCGUUGUUUAAUUUGAUAUAUUUUAGAAAAGAAAUUGAUACUUUACUGUCGGUAUUGUUUAACUCACCAAAUGUUGGUCUACAUUUAGCUACACCCGAGCGGUUUUAGUGAGACAACCAAUACCUCCAGUGAGGUAUCAAUUCAUUAAACAUCACGUUUGAUGGAUAGCUCUACAGCAAUACAUUUGUAUAGGAUACUACUGUUAUAUCAAUCAUGCAAAUGGUCAACCUUCACCAACUACAUGUUCCAGCCUACUGCGCAGUGAAGUAGUUAAUCACUGAGAAAAGAAAUGGAUGCUGAAUGAGAACAGAGUGUAGUGAGCAGAAGGGGGGUUUAUACUGAGUUGUAUUUAUACUGAAUUGGGGGUUUAUAUUGUUUGUAUUGAAGCUAGUAAUCAUGAAAGUGUUCAGUUUAAUGGGUCUGGUUUUGCAUGGAGGUCGUUGAAUGAUUGUGUUCUUCCAAAAGCAGUGUGUUCAAAUACAUCUUGAAGCUAAGGCCAACACUCGGCACUUUCGACCGAGCUCAGUAACCUGUGCGAGAGGAGGAGGAUACGACUGGCUCGAUUUUCGAGAAUGAUAGUUUGAUAGCUUUCUGGUAUAAAAGCUACUUAUUUCACCAUGACAAAUGUUUGCUACUAGGAUAUAUAUAAUUCACCAAUAAAUAGUUGCUCAAAUAAACUUUUGAUACGGAAUAGCUAUACAUUUAAGAGUAUAGUCUCAGCACGACGCUGUUUAUGCCAUACCAAUAUCAUACCGUUCGCACAAGAUUCAUUUUUUAAAAAUUUCUCGCCCUCAUUGCAUUGUUUAGGUCUUCUUAAACUGAUUAAUGAUUUGACAGUGUGUUUGUCUGUGUGCCCAGAACACCAGUCAUAUCAUUUCAACAUUGCUGUUCAAGAAUAGAUAUUUUAACCAUAACUGCAGCAGCAACGACUGUUUUUUUACUUUGUUGAAUAUAUACAUGUAAGGCAAACUUUGCUGACAAUUGCCGAUAUGCUUUGUAACAAAUUUUUAUACGUGUUCAAAAAUGUGUCAUCAGCUUGCAUUCAUUCGUUGGGUCAACAGGCGAUUUUCUUGACUCCGGUAACAAUUUUGGUCUUUGAAAAGAGUAGUAUCAGCAGUUAAUCAGAGGCAGUAUUAAUCUGUAUAUACCUGCAUAUCUACUAUCUUCUAUCAGCAGCACUAUCAAUCUGACUAGACAUUCUCUACAUAAACCCCAUCCAUUUGUUUACAGUGCACCAAGCAGUACUUACGUAAUCAGACAGCGUUAAUUUUAAUGUGGAACCUAGGAAGUACCAGGCGAAUCAAUGUACGUGAGAUUGUAAUAUCAUCCUUAAGCUCGCUGCUCAUUAUGAUGCACUAGGUGAUAGGCCAGAUGCGUACUAUCUCUGAUUAACUAUUGGCAAUAUGUGUAGGCUUUUGGCGAUGCUGGGUUACUGGCUCCGCCUCAACCACGACAUCUGGCGGAUAAAGCUGCAGUCUACGCAUUAUUCAACUUUCGCUUUACUCUUUUUAUAGAGACGGUAUCGACAGACAGUUCAUGAUAUUGAUGGACGAUCAGCAAAUGUUUCGCCUCAAGUAUCAUUGCCGGCGCUAUUCACCAAUGAAGGCAAAAUGGUACUUUCUUUCGUUUUAGACAUGGUUGCUGCUGUAUAAAUCAAUGUCGCUCAAGAAAAUCGCUCUGGCGCCGACUCCCACUGAGAUUUCCACUGAACGCGAUCGCCAGUUUCAGGCGAAAAUCUCUUUCAGUGGAAAUCAAUCCUUAAUCCGUCAAAAUUUCAACACAGGGUUCCAAGAACUUCCAAAACCUGUACGCACAAGACUCAGGCUGAAUAAUUUGUUAUCAACCCCGCACUCUCGAUUUAUCCCGGGUUUAGUCACAAAUGUUUGUAAUUUACUACCAGUUUUGAAUCUUUUUUACUCUUAUGGAGGGGAACCAAUUGAGUUUCCGGAGGUUCCUGUGAUGGUACUUUAAGCCAUUACAGGGCAGAACUGCAGAAGGCUUUGGGAAGCGCAAUGGCACAGUGGAAAAAUUCUCGGUCUUGGUUUCGAAGCUCGGCCAGUGCGCCACUUUGUAAUUUCAACUGGCCGGGAGUGGCCAAGAGUACCGCAGGACAUGAAGAUGCACUCCUUGGGUUCUGCUCCCUGGAGUAUGCUGGGUAUAUGAUUAUAAGGCGUUUUGAGACAGGACAGCUGUACAGUAUGGAGCAUUUUCAUUUUUUCUUGUUUCAUUUUAAUGGCAUUAUAACGAGCCAUUGUUAACUUUGUGCGAGCGUCGUUAAAAGAAAAAAGGGAGAGAAGGGGAGAGAAAUGAAAUGAUUUGAUCUUCUUUGGCUUCAAGGCAUUUUGAGUCGCAGUGCCCUUGGACAGUCAGUGCUGUCAUUAGAAAGCUUAGGCGGUAACCAAGGAGCGGGAUUACAUUUUUUACAGAAUAGUCAAUGGUCAGUUUAUAUUGUAUUGUAUUACGUGCACGACUCGCCAUAAAGGCCCACCAGGCGACCCACGGUAGGUAGAUUGAUAUACUUGAUUGUACCUUCGAUGAGGGCCGGAUUGGGGUGUGCGGCUAUAAUUUUACAAUAUAUCGGUCUUAUAAAAACUUUUCAGUGAUUGUGCAUAAUAUGAAAAUGAAAAUGUCAUGAUUUGUUUAAAAAAGUAAACAGUCAGUCAACCCUAUUUGGGGAGAGGUGCAGCACGUCAGAGCAGUCAUUCGCGAUAUGCUCUUGCGAACAUGUAUAACAAGUUCAGUGGCAUAAUAGGCUUGGGUGGGAGAGGUCCAACAACCAUCUGUUUUGCAUUGCGGACUGUACUGCUGAAUUAGGCCUUGGUGGACUUCACUUUCACAUUCCUAUGGCAUGAUGCGAUGGGGAGUUGGGGGGGGGGGGAUAAACUGGUAAUUCUGUUACGAACAACAAGAAAAAGUUGUCUUCAAGAGAUUGAUGUGAAACAAUCCAUGUCUUGUAUUCAUAGUUGCCAUUAGAAGAGAUUUGGAAUUUUCUUAGAACAUUAAAAAAAAAUGUUGUUGAUUUUUUCCUCUCUAUUUGAAUCGUUUCAAAACAUGAAGGUUGACGCGAUUGCUUCAAAAUUUGGCAAACAAGCCUACUUUUUAUCAUGAUCCGUGCAUAGAGGGGCAGGUCUGGUCGGAUUACGAUAUGUAUCGAAGGGGAAUGAGACAGUGCUUUUGCAUUGGAAAGCCGCAGUGGUGUGUUUUGCAUGCAUGAGUUCUUCUCGUGCCCAAUAAUAUACCAUACAUUUUUUUAUCAACAUAUUUAUAAGUAUGAGUUGUAUCAGGCGGCGUUUUAAUACAUGCAGUGGGAUAAUUUUUAUACAUGUGCAUCAUAGUCAUUUUUCAUAAACAGACCAGCCAUGCCCAUUUUGAUAAUCAUGAGUAGUAUUAUGUAUAUUAAUCUGCAUAUGGCUCAUAUGAUUAAUUAUGUUCAUUUGUAUGCUUUAUAUAUAUACAUGUAUUGUAUUGAUAAUAA